CAUGCCCAAACGCAACACUUAUCCAAACCUCCUUUUUCCUUUACCGCCGACGACCGGAAGCAGUGACAAUCUAGCUGCUAGACCUUCAGGAAGACCUCUUUGAUAUCUUUCGCAUCUUUGCAUUUAUCAUCUACAGCCCCCUCCUUUAAAGAAAACAUUUAACAAAGAUGUCGUGGCAAGCUUAUGUUGACACCAGCCUGGUCGGCACUGGCCACAUUGACAAGGGAGCUAUCAUCAGCAUCGCCGGCGACAGCGCUUGGGCUACUAGCGCCGGCUUCACGAUCAGCGCCGCGGAGAUGAAGAACAUCGCGAGUAUCGUGAGCGGCGACCAGGCUGCCGUCGACAAGGCAUUCGCUGAGGGUCUGCACGUUGCCGGCGAGCGGUUCGUGCUCACAAAGAACGAUGAGGGCAGCGUCUACGCCCGCAAGGGUCGUGAGGGUAUCUGCAUCUCCAAGUCGAAGCAGGCCAUCCUGGUUGGACACCAUGGCGAGGCCGGCGUCGCAGGAAACGCAACACAGACUGUCGAGUCGCUGAAGGAUUACCUGGUCGGCCAGGGUUACUAAGCGCAAGCCGGCGAUGGCGGGUCGGAGUUCAAGGUCGAAACUUGUGGUGAUGAAAAGGCACCGAUUGGGAAGUGGUGCGUGGGCCACAUACCUGGCUGUGGCUGUGCGGUUUUGCGUUGAUUCUGUUGCGUUGAGUCUAUAGAGCAAGCCUGAAUCUUAGGAAACAUCCAUUUUGA